AUGGCCCAACUUAUGGGUGAUCUACCAAAAGAACGUGUUAACGCAUCGGAUAAGCCAUUCGUCAAAACAGCAAUAGAUUUUGCCGGUCCCAUUAAAGUAAAAACAAAUAAGUUACGAGCGGCUAAAAUUGUAAAAGGCUACAUCUGUAUUUUUGUGUGUAUGGUGACAAGAGCUAUACACUUGGAACCGGUGGGAGAUUUAACAGCGGUGGCAUUUAUUGCCGCUUUACGUCGUUUUGCGGCUAGGAGAGGCACAAUAACAGACAUAUUUUCGGAUAACGCGACUAAUUUCGUAGGAGCAAAUUCGAUUCUCAGUGAGUUAAGUGAAGACGAACGCGACCAAUUUGAUGCAACUUUGAAAGAAGAAAGUAAUAAAAUGUUAAUUCAGUGGCAUUUUUCACCGCCAGCUAGCCCACACUUCAAUGGAUUGGCUGAGGCGGCGGUGAAAUCAUCGAAAUUUCACUUAAAACGUGUAAUUGGUGACUCAGCGUUAACCUUUGAGGAAUUGGCUACUCUACUGUGUCAAAUAGAGUAUGUGCUUAAUUCGCGUCCAAUAUGUGAGCUGAGCGAUGACCCUAAUGAAAUAGGUGCGCUCACACCGGCUCAUUUUUUGAAUGUGGCCAACGGUGAACAAAUUCCAGAUGAAGAGCUCCUCGAAACCAAAAUAAGUAUGUUGUCGCAUUGGCAAAAGGUACAACAGAAAUUUCAAAACUUUUGGUUUCGAUGGAAGCAAGAUUAUUUGCACCAAUUACAAGUGAGAAGUAAGUGGCAUAAAGAGGAGCCAAACGUCCAGAUUGGGAAAUUAGUGUUGUUGAAGGAUGAAAAUCUACCUUCAACGAAAUGGCCAAUGGGCCGUGUGGUCGAGACUCAUCCAGGCAAAGAUGGCCUAAUACGAGUAGUUUCAGUAAAAACAAAAAACAAUAUUCUGAAACGAUCCGUGACAAAAAUUGCACCAUUACCGUUGGACAUCGAUGACAAAGAAAGGGCUGAUGUGCAAGCGAUUCAACGACCAACAGCGUGCGCAAAACGAUCGGCCAGCGUCAAAUUUCCAAUUAUUGCGUUGUUGGCACUCGUGCUAACAUUGACAACCAUCGAAUCAGCUCCAGUGAAUGGCAUCAGCCGAAGCGGGAGACACCGAC